UGGAAAAAAGGAAAGCAGCUUCUAAUUGUAAAACAUCUCUACUGCAGAGAGAGAGAGAGAGAGAGAGAGAGAGAGAGAGAGAGACAAAUACCCCAUUCACCUCUUUCAAUCUAAUCAAUGGCUUCAAUUUGAAGUUGUAGUUUUAACCUUUUUAGGCUCUAAACAAACACCAUUCAUCUCUCUCUCUCUCUCUCCCCCCCCCUUAAAACCCCAUCUACCUUCCUGUUAUCCGACCGAUAUGGACUCACCGGGUUCAAUCUUUGAGAUUUACAUCCGUUACCAUGACAUUAGAUCACUAAAAUCAUGUCAAACGGAUGGACAUGAUGAACACGAGGGUAAAAUUUCCAGGGAUGCUUUGGCUCAGCUUUCGAAAAUUGUGGACUUAAAAUUCCAUUCAAGAACUUCAAUUUUUGAUGAACUUCUCAAGCUCAUGUCAAAGCUAGAACUUAUGGCGGAUUUCUCAGAAUUUUCUCGUUUCUAUGAUUUUGUAUUCUUCAUGUGCCGUGAAAAUGGUCAAAAGAAUAUCACUGUAAACAAGGCUGUUACAGCAUGGAAAUUAAUUUUAGCUGGGAGGUUUCGGUUGCUAAACCAAUGGUGUGACUUUGUUCAGGAAAAUCAACGACACAAUAUAUCUGAGGAUACUUGGCAGCAAGUUUUAGCUUUUAGCCGGUGCGUACAUGAAAAUCUUGAAGGGUACGAUCCUGAAGGUGCUUGGCCUGUCCUAAUAGAUGACUUUGUUGAGCACAUGUACAGGGUAUUGGGGUCAAACAGGGAGCCAAACUUUUUCUGUAAUUGUGGUGAUUCAGAGUCUCAAUCAUGCACAUUCGAAGACCCUCUUCCUGGAUUGAAAGAUACUCCUGGUUUGAAGAGGAAGUUGUCUAGCUUUCAAAUGGAGGAAAUGGCGUCCUCAAAUGCUGUCUUCCUUGAUUCUGUCAGUCCAAAUUUUAUAUUGAAUUCAAAGAGAAGUAGGCUGAUUGAUUACAGACCAUUGAACUGGGAGGAUAAUCCACCUGGUAAUUCAGCCAGUGACGGCAUGGAUAUCACUAAGCAGAAUAAUUCGCUGGGGUCCAUGAAAUCUCCAUGUGCAGUUGAAGGAUGCUUGUCGAGGGGCUUUGCAGGUUUAUUCUCAACUCGUUCCUAUCUACAACUUGACCGGGAGAGGAGAGUCUCGUAUACAUAGAGCUUCCACCUGAGUAACAAAUACAGGAAAACUGUCCAUUGCCACCCAGUCUUCAACAGUUCCACAAGGAUAUAUCUAUUUUGAACUGCACUUGUAAGGGUUGUUGGUUGCAGGUCGGUGUGAUUGAUAGAAGUAAUAAAAAUAUUCCUUAGAUUGUUUGAUUUCAUAAUCUUGUCAGAAAAAAUAAACGAGGGUUUCCUGUUUCAAUGAAUGUGACUGUAUUUUUUGUUA